AUGUUAAAAACGGUGGUGAAGCAGUUCCAGAGGCUUUUCAGCGAGAUGCAGCACACCUCCCUUUGCGUCAUGCAAGACGGCCCAACGAAGGUCAUUCAGGAGGAGGUCGAGUCCGUUCCCUGGGAGCUCCGUGGGACCAAGGAGUUCAACCAGCUGCGCAAGCUCCUGAAGGACUCAACACCCUAUGCCUUCGGCAUUGUCUUGAAGAGCGCUGUCAACGUCCCAGAGCUGAGCAGAAGGAGACGUGCCACGGUUCCCCGAGCAUCAGCGACCAUCCUGGCCCCGCCGCUAGCUGCCGGCGCCUUCUGUGGCGGGCCUGCAGCCAUGGUGGCCGGCUUGGCCGUGGGGGCGACAGCAUAUGGUGUGUCGCGAGGGCGGAUGAAUGCCAAGUAUCCGAAUGGCUUCUGCGAUCCCGUCGCGCUGGUCGAGAUUUUGCACCAAGAGGAGACACUGGCAGCGGCCAGGUCCCACGUGGCGACGAAGACCAGGAAUCCAGUUUGGAACCAAACGCUGAGCUUGCCGUGUGCAAGCGAUCCGCACCUGAUGCAGCAAGGGUGCUCGUGGGCCCGAAGAGACCGCAAGAGUACCAAGCUGGCUGCAGCUCGAAAUGUUCCUCCAGCCCAGUGGGACGUUGAAGCCACAACGGUGCGCGUGACGCUCUAUGACAAGAGCGUGGGGCCGAUGAACCAGACGAUCGGGGAAGUGUCCAUUCCACUGCGUCAACUUCUCGAGGAUUCUGAGACAGAGGCCACCUACUUGCUCAGUGAUGCCGCUGGUGAAGCGGUCUUAGGAACCCAGCCGCCGCACUUGCCGUGCAAGAUUUCCCUGUCUGUUGUUCAGGAGUCGCUGCCGAAAAACUGGCCUGCGCCACACAUGCUGAAGAGCAACUCUUCCACGCGGUACCCUGUGCAUGUGUUCAUGAUGACGCGCGGCACGCGUGGCGAUGUGCAGCCUUUUGUGGCACUGGCCCGGGGUCUGGCUGAACGGCUGGGCUGGCUCGUGACCAUCUGCACGGAAGAAAGCCACGCCGCCUUCGUUGCAAAGCACUCGGUGGUUCAAAAUGGCAAGAUCAGAUUUCGGCCAAGUGGCGGGAACACAGAGGCCAGAAUGGACACUGUGGGUGCGCACUUCUUGCUCGCCCAUCGGGCUGAAUUCCUGCAGAUGAUCGCCCUGUCAAGAUCGGAGGCAGAGUUCUUCUCGAGCGCCACGGUCUUUGUCGACUCUGUCAAAGCUAUGGAGAGUGAGCCGAAACCGGUGGACCUUAUCAUGUUUGGUUUCACGCUGGCCGGAGUGGCUGCAUUGGUUGGUGAGCACUGUCAGAAGCCAGUCGUGGGACUUAUUUUGCAGCCAAGCUGCAUUCCGAGUAAAGUGGAGGACUGGAAAGCCAUACACGCAAUCCACAGCCCGGAUGGAAAAAGCUUGUUGGACACAAUUGAUGAGAUGGCAUUUACCUCGCACAGCUCGCUGAAGCUACUCAAGGACCUGGCAGAAAAGAACCCAUUUGCAUCUUGGAACUUGAAUCGUCUCCGCAAGCUUUUUGGCCUUGGCCCUGCAAACACAUGGCAGGCAUACAAUCAGGCGAAAGUGCCCAUCAUCAUCCCAAUGCCUCCCGGUACCUUCCAGCGGCCGCAGGAUUGGCCGAGUAACAUCAUCCAGACAGACUUCAUCUUCCUGCGAAGCCAGGCGAGUGGAGAGAAGAAAUCGCUGGGUGAAGUUGGCGGCUUCAUCGAGGCGGCAAGGCAAGCGGGCAAGAAGCUGUGCCUCAUCACCUUCAGUAGCAUGCCAGUUCCUCGACGCACGUUGCUGCGAAUCAUUGUCAAGAUGGUCAGUGAGGCCAAGUUCGACAUAGCAGUACUGUACGUUGGUCGCAUCGAAGAAGGGCCCGAAGACCUGGAAAGAGCAGCUCGCCAAUUCAAAGAGCAGAAUCGCUUCUUCGAAGCUCGGGCUGUGGACUUUGGGCUCUUGUUUCCGGAGAUGGACUGCUUUGUUGUUCAUGGCGGGCUCGGGACAACAGUCGAGGCUUUACGAACCAGAAAGCCAUGCUGCGUCACGGGGCCCUUGCUAAUGGAUCAACGAUUCUGGGGUUACGUCUGUCACGAGAAAGGCGUGGGUCCCAAGCCAGUGUUCAUCUCGGACUUUGAGAAACAUUGCGUGGAGUUCGUGAAUAACGCAGUGGACCCUGAAGACCCGGAAAGAUGGCAAGCCAUCGCGCGAGAUGGCGAUUGGGGGAACGUGGAGGAUGAUGGCAUUGAGGAAAAUGUGCGCUGCAUCCAGCACUUGCUUUCUGACCUGGAGCCCUUGGUGACCAGAAGCGAGGCACAGGAGGAUUCCUGGUCUCAAAAGCAAUGGCUUUGCUGCAGCACUGGUCGCGUCUCAGAGCCGGAAAGACCGGUGGAGGAUACUUCCUCCAAUCACAGCGUCAGGCUCGCCGCUGAGCUCACAAGCUCCCAAGGUGUCACGCCUGAGCGGGCUUCAGGGCCAAAGGCAUUUCCCCCCGCUGCUCGAUUAUAG